UAACAAAAAAGCCAAGCACGUGAGCAGGAUGCAAUGCGAUCCGUAAUAGGUUAUAAUGCAAUAAUGACUAAGCAUUAGGGCUGUUUAAAUAACGGAUGUUUCAUUAUAGCUCAUGCUUUCUUUCAUCCCAAUGCACUGAGCUCGGUUUCAUUUCCCGGCUCAGGUCACAUGCUCGCUCGGGAAUAAUAAUGGCUGCACAGGAACCGUCCCCUCCGUCUUCACUGGAAGGCAACAAGCCGGGCUUCCCGAGGAAAAUCCUUGCCAACAAGCUGGAAGAAAAGCAUCUGUGUAACAUCUGUCAGAAAAUCCUACGGAGGCCUUUUCAGGCGCAGUGCGGACACCGAUUCUGUUCCUACUGCUUUAACAAAACAGUGAGUUCUGGUCCCCAAAAAUGCAGUGCUUGUAUAAAAGAAGAUAUAUUUGAGGAGCCAACAUCGAUUCUGAAACAGGGCUGUGCUUUUCCUGACAACGCUGCUAAGAGAGAAGUCGAAGCCCUCGAAGCAGUUUGUAUCAACGAAGGCUGCAGCUGGACAGGAACCAUCAAGGAAUAUGAGGCUACCCACGAGGGACAGUGCGAUUUUAUGAUCAUCCCAUGUCCGUCCUGCAAAGAGCUCCUGAGAGCCAACGAACUUGAACGUCACAACGAGCGCGAAUGCCCAGAGAGGACUCUGAACUGCAAAUACUGCAAAGAACCUUUUCAUUUUAAAAACAUUAAGGCCCACGAUGAGAUUUGUCCAAAAUACCCAAUGAUUUGUGAAGGCUGUGCGAAGAAGAAAAUUCCCAGAGAAAAGUACGUGGAUCACAUUAAGCUGUGUACCAAAUUCCGCACCCCAUGCAGAUUCCACGUUGUCGGCUGCGACAUGUCUGUGGAGAAGGAGAAGAUCCAUGAGCACGAGCGGGCAUGCUCGUACGAGCAUCUGAAUCUGCUGCUGCACUUUAUCAUGGGCAUCAAGGUGAGCGUAGAGAGCCUGCAGCCGCAGGGCCUGGAACUGGCCAGCCACAAGCUCAAGGAGCUGCAGCAGUCUCUGUGCGAGCUGGAAGUCAAGCUGGGUCAGCUGAGCGCUGGGGCUCCCGUGCAGGGGCCCUGUGUGCCGUGCGCGCCUGCGCCUAAUCCUCCACCCCCUGCGCCACCCGCACCCACCCUGACCACCUCGUUCACCCCAUUGCCCAGCGCUGUCGGCGCCGCCCUCGAGCUGCAACUGCACAGCGAGAAGACCAAGGUGGCCGAGCUGAGCCGUCGCUGCCAGGAGCUCGAGCUGAAGGCCAGCACCUUCGAGAACAUUGUGUGCGUGCUGAAUCGCGAGAUGGAGCGCUCAGCCACCACCAUGGAGGCUUACAACCGCCAGCACCGGCUCGACCAGGACAAGAUCGAGAUCCUCAACAACAAGGUACGUCAGCUGGAGAGGACGGUGGGGCUGAGGGAUCUUUCCAUCGUGGAGAUGGAGAGCAAGAUGAGAGAAAUGUCAGCCGCCACCUACGAUGGCGUGUUUGUGUGGAAGAUCACGGACUUUGCCAAGAAGAGGCAAGACGCUGUAGCUGGAAGGGCCCCAGCCAUGUUCUCACCUGCAUUUUAUACAAGCAAGUAUGGCUACAAGAUGUGUUUGCGCAUCUACCUGAAUGGGGAUGGAACAGGGCGCGGCACUCACUUGUCUCUGUUCUUCGUGGUGAUGAGGGGACACAGUGAUGCCUUGCUCAAGUGGCCUUUUAACCAGAAGAUUGAAGUAAGCCUCAUUGAGGCCAGUGACCCUGGUUGUGAUCCGUUGACGACGCCUGGUUGACGACUCCUGGUUGCAAUCCAUUGACUACGCCUGGUUGCAAUCCAUUGACGACGCCUGGUUGCAAUCCAUUGACGACGCCUGGUUGACGACGCCUGGUUGCAAUCCAUUGAUGACGCCUGGUUGACGACGCCUGGUUGACGACGCAUGGUUGCAAUCCAUUGACGACGCCUGGUUGACGACGCCUGGUUGACGACGCGUGGUUGCAAUCCGUUGACGACGCCUGGUUGACGACGCCUGGUUGACGACGCGUGGUUGCAAUCCGUUGACGACGCCUGGUUGCAAUCCGUUGACGACGCCUGGUUGCAAUCCGUUGACGACGCCUGGUUGCAAUCCGUUGACGACGCCUGGUUGCGAUCCAUUGACGACGCCUGGUUGAUAAUGCCUGGUUGCGAUCCAUUGACGAUGCCUGGUUGACAAUGCCUGGUUGGCGAUGCCUCGUUGCGAUCCAUUGACGACGCCUGGUUGCGAUCCGAUGGCGGCGCCUGGUUGAUGACGCCUGGUUGCGAUCCGAUGACGACGCCUGGUGGUUGACGCCUGGUUGCGAUCCGCUGACGACGCCCGGUUGACGACGCCUGGUUGUGAUCCGUUGACGACGCCUGGUUGAUGAUGCCUGGUUGCGAUCCGAUGACGACGCCUGGUUGACGACGCCUGGUUGAAGAAUUCUAUUUGCAGAAGAUGGGUUGCAGAAUCCUGGCUGACGAAUCCUGGUUGAAGUUGCUUGGUUGAAGAAUCCAAUUUGAAGAAGCCUGGUUAAACAAGAUCAACUGAAGAAUUGUGGCUGACAAAGCCUGGUUGAAGAACCCUGGUUGAAGAAGCCCUCAUCAGAAGACAUAUAUAGUGGUUUCGACUUAAAUCAUUGUCAGUGUAAUAAAGCACAUUACUGCAUUAUGGGCAUAAAACUAUAAGAAGUAAAACUUGUCCAAUUCCACACUUGCAGGUCACCCUGAUGCUGCUCGACCAGAAUAACAGAGAGCACAUCAUUGACGCCUUCCGGCCCGACAUCUCGUCCUCGUCGUUCCAGAGACCCGUCAGCGACAUGAACAUCGCCAGCGGAUGCCCUCUCUUCUGCCCCCUCCCUAAGCUCGACUCCAAGAACUCAUACAUCCGUGAUGACACCAUCUUCAUCAAGGCCAUUGUUGACCUCACUGGCCUUUAAGGCUGUUAGGCAGCUCUUUGCACUCCUCCAGCCUGCUGCGCUCGGUUUUCAGUGCCGUUCUUUCGGAGGCCUGAGACCUGUAGCAGAUCUCUGAUAGGGGCCCUACGCACCCCUGAAUGACUCCCAUUCCCAGGGCCGUGUUACUUUACAUCGCUCUACAUUAAUGUUGCCAACCCAAAAUGUGCCUGGAGUUUGUGCAGUUUUGCUGUAAUAUAGUUGGAAAGUUCUCUCCUUAUUCCCCUUAGCGGGAAUAGCGGUCAGCAGUGAUUGUAAUGUAACUAUCGGUGCCCGUUUUGGCACUUCUGCCUUUUCUAGAGAUCGAGAGAGGACUUUUCCUCACAGGAUAGGAGUCAUUUCACCUUCAGGAGCUUUGCUUGUGCUGUGGCCAAUGUUUGAGGCUUGGCGUUUACUUUUCGGUGUUUGAACUACUUCCGUGUUUCUUUUGCAUAGACAGACGUGGAGUUUCAAUAACAAUGAAUGAUGCUAACGAAUUCUUUUGCUCCUAUAUAGUUCCUUAAUCUUGCUUAAUCUAAUAUCUAACCGCUCUGAGUGUAUUACAUCUUCUCGCCUCUCCUCUAUGUACGUGGUGGUGAACAUUGCUCGAAUUCCAUGAAGUUCCGAAAGCGCAAAAUUCGUUUUUUUUUUUGUUUUUUUUUUCCCCGACCCUGCUUGUGUUUGAGGUAUGUGUACGUGCAGGUCUCUGUUUCCUUCCUUACCAUUUUUUUGGUGUUCUUUGCUGUAUUAGUUUGCAUGUUGGAUCUGUGGAAGAUACAUUCAAGUUAGCAAAAGUGCAGGUUUGCACCUUGAACCUGAGAAGCGAAGGCAGUUUCAUCGUAACUCCCUGUCAGCGAAAAAUAACGACACACCGCUGUUAGUUUUAAACGCUCCGAUUUUUUGACUCUCAUGCCUAAGUGUAGCCCAUCAUUUCACUAGGAGCAGAUAGGAUCAUCCUGAGCACAAGGCAGCAAGGCAUCUGGGAUUUACGCGAAACACACUAACUGGCAGCUUUUAGUCUAAUCUGAGUGGAGACGUAGACUAGGACAGAAACUCGUGCUUUUUUGUGGCGUGAAAGGGCUGGUGUUGAAUUGUACUUUGGUGUUUUCUCGUUCUGAGUGUUAUCUUGAUGUUGUGCUGCUUUGGGCAAAAGUGAUUAUUGGCCCUCCAACUAUAACUUACUCUUUUAAACUAGAAUUAGCCGAAAGGGACUAUUCUUUAGUCACUCCUGUUUUGUCGCUAUACUAUAAAGGUUCUCUAUGGGUUUAACACUUUGUGAACAUACUAGAAACAUGUGGUUGUUAACGGAGCUAUGUGUCGUGUCCGUGGUAAUCAUAAACCGUUUAAAAGAUUACAAGCAUUAAACAGAAGUCACGGAUUUACAUCCGUUACCACAGCUCCUGUUGUCCCAGGCGACUUUGUGGGGGGGAAUAAAAAGCAAAAAGGAAAAAAAAAUUGCUCUCAGCAUCGAUGUUUGUCAUUUAAACGCCACGGCGCACGAUCAGGCAGAAGACGUCGGCUGAAAUAUUCGCACAUCUGUACGGCGGACAACGGGGCUAACUCUGGAAGCAAAGGACUACUAAUUAUUAAUUAGUAAUUACACAACUGCUAAUCCUACCUGUAGCACCUGUAAGCCAUCAUAAGAUCAGAUAGGUUCCAUAAAAUACACGCGAUCACCUCAAGAGAAGCGGUAGUGUGGUGGGAUUUAGUUUAGUUUUGUUUCGUUUUGUUUUUCUUUCUUUCUUUCUUUCUUUUUUUUUUUUUAGGAACCACAGUGAGCAUCGCUACACCUAUUACAGUGUAUGACUCUUCCAUCCUAAGGGCUUACAGCAUACAGUACGUCUUCCAUACGAGGUUUCCACUCUGACCCUUUUUCCUAGAUGGAGUCUGAGAUGCUUUUUAUUUAUCUAUUUAUUUGUUUGUUUGUUUUUUUAUUGUUUUUUUAUUUUGUAAAACAAAAAGCAGACAAAAAAAAAGAUGCCUUCAUGCUACCGACGCACCGAGACCCAGCCUAUUUUCAAACCAGUUCCGACAGACAUUGAAACCUCUCUGUGCACGAGAUGUUUCAAUAAAGCAAAAAAACAAAAAAAACCCCACAAAAAACAAAAAAAAAAACCAACAAAACAACCAAACACACAUAUUGUAAAGUAUUGGUUUACUUCAUAGACCAACAUUUUAUUUGUAUUGCUUUUACUUUAUUAUCUGUUGAAAUGCGGUAUACGACGGUUAUAAAUGUGAAUGUGUUAUAUUGCUUAUUUAAGUAUAAAUAGAUAUACUAUUAUACAGUACACACAGUUGUCUGACUGUACGCUGUGCAUAUAAUGAAUAUUUAAUUAUAUAUCUAAUAUAGAUUCUAUUAAGUAAUAAUAUAUGUACUAUUUCCUGUUGGGAUGGUUUAAAAAUGUGUUCGGGCGCUUUUUUUUUUUUUUGGGCUUUACAAGUUCUCCACUCAUCACUAGUCAUCAUACGAGGAAAGUCUUUUUGAAAAGAUCUGCUGCUUUUUUUUUUUCCCACCAUGAUGUUUAUUUGGCACUCGAGGUUUUCUCCAGCUUGCUCCUUUCGCCCCAGUGACAUUUCAGCGCAUUUUCUGUUUCUUUUUUUGUAAAUAGGUGACGUGCCUCUGUAGUGUAGCUCAUAUAAUGCAUCCUAUCUCUUUCUACACGCCAGCUUAAGCAACCACCGCAUGCUGCAGGUGUGCCGUGUCCGUGAGUCAUCUGUACGAGGUUCUGGCAUAUAUUCCAUUAUACACUUUGCCUUUUUUUCAAUUGACCUUGCAUUAUUUGUUGUAAUGCGUACAUUACAGUUCAGCUUGUGCAAUUAUACAAGUGACCUUCCUAUAGUUUGAGUGGAAUCUAGCGCGUUCGUCCGCACAGCGGGUCGGAUUUUUGUUUCUUUUCAAUCCGAAAGCUAGGCUUUUGCUAGACACACUACAUUUGCUACAUUUGCAGGAGUUUAAAUGUAUAUUAACUCUCAUGUGCUAUACUGAAUUGACCGUAUUUUCUUAUGUUUUUACAUUUGAAGCAAAAGCUCUAAAAGUCCUUUCUUAGAUUACCAGUCUACUACUUGUACUUGUUAUUUGUGUACAUUUAAUAAAUUGUGUUGCCGGUUUAUAUCCUUGUAAGACCUCCGUCUUGCAGCGCCAUAACAUUUCCAGUGCAGUUUACUUUGGAAAACUUGUGAUGACCUGCGACUAUCGUGAUUCUUUUCUCCCUUUACUACGAUUUAACCCUCUGACAUCUUCAAUAAAUGCUUUUCUGACCUCA